CAUAAAAUCAAAAGCAUACCUUAUCAUUUUGCCUUUAUUUUUAAUAAUAAGAUUAAAUACCCAAAAUUAAACAAACCCCAUAUCCGCAGCCUCUUCACUUCAGCUACUUCUCCUUCAUCUACUUGAAAAUUCAAGGCCAAAAUGGAAAGCGAAAAAACAGAUGAUCAGCUUCACAUAUUCUUCUUCCCCUUAAUGGCUCAAGGCCAUUUGAUACCCAUCAUAGACAUGGCCAUGCUAUUUGCUUCUCGAGGUUUAAAAGCAACCAUCAUCACCACCCCUUUCCAUGCCCCUCUUGUUUCCAAGACCCUCCAAAGCACCCAACUUUCUGGUAAUUCCCACAUCAAUGUUAACGUUCUUACCAUCAAAUUUCCUUGUGUGGAGAAUGGAUUACCUGAAGGAUGCGAGAGCGUUAACAUGGCUCUUUCCCAUGGUCUGCAGCAGCAAUUCGCUAGAGCUACCACCAAGCUUGGUCCACAACUUUCACAGCUUCUGCAACAACAUCGUCCCGACUGCCUUGUAGCCGACAUGCUCUUUCCUUGGGCUACUGAUGUCGCAGCUCGACAUGGGAUUCCCAGGCUGAUUUUCCAUGGAACCUGUUAUUUUUCUCUUUGUGCUUCCCUAUGUGUGCAUCGUUAUGAGCCUCAGAAGAUAGUCUCUUCGGAUUCAGAUCGAUUCCAGAUUCCAAAUUUGCCAGGGGAUAUGAAGUUCACAAUAAAUCAGUUACCCGAUGUUAUGGAAGAUGUCAAUACUGAGUUCGAGAAAUUGUACAAAACAAGUAAAGAAGUGGAGGGGCGGAGCUAUGGGGUUCUGGUUAACAGCUUUUAUGAGCUCGAACCUGUUUAUGCUGAUCAUUACAAGAAGGUUUUGGGGAUUAAGGCAUGGAAUAUUGGCCCGCUCUUCCUAUGCAACAAGCUAUCUGAACAGAAAACAAACAGGGGAGUGGAACAGGAAUGUUCCACUGAUCAACGUGAGUGCUUGAAUUGGCUUAGUUCAAGAAAACCCAAUUCGGUUGUUUAUGUAUGUUUUGGAAGCUUGCCAUAUGUCAGUGAUGCUCAGCUAAUGGAAAUUGCAUUGGGUCUUGAAGCUUCAGGGCAUUCAUUCAUUUGGGUCGUGAAUGAAGGCAACCAUGUUCAAGGGGUAAAAGAAGAGUGGUUGCCUGAAGGAUUUGAGAAGAGAAUGGAAGGGAAAGGUUUGAUCAUAAGAGGUUGGGUACCCCAAGUGCUGAUCCUUCAACACGAAGCAGUGGGAGGAUUUGUGACGCAUUGUGGUUGGAAUUCCAUAAUGGAAGGAGUUUGUGCAGGGUUGCCAAUGGUCACCUGGCCGGCUUUCGCCGAGCAGUUUUUCAAUGAGAAGUUGGUGACCCAAAUACUUGGAAUUGGAGUUGGGGUUGGAGCUGAAAAAUGGGCUAGGUUGACAUUGGUUGGAGUGAAGAGGGAAGCCAUAGAGAAGGCUGUGAGUAGGAUUAUGGAGGGUGAAGAAGCAGAGGAAAUGAGAAACAGAGCCAAGGCUCUUGGGGAAAUGGCAAGGAUGGCCAUCAGGGAAGGAGGGUCUUCAUACUUGGAUUUGAAUGCUUUCAUUGAAGGGUUGAAACUGCACAAAAUCUCAUGUGAUGCAAGCUAGAAGAGACACUAGGAUUAUUCAGUGAAGUGAAGAAACUCGAUAGCUGGUUUAUCUCUUUCUUACAAAAAUAAAGUAAAAUAAAAAUUUGGCGACAGAGGCCAGUUACACUUCUUGAUUAUUUAUUAAUAGAACGGGAUUUGUCCUCCGUGCUGCUUACCGUUAUGCGUACCAAAAGAAUGGACUUGUUUUUGUCCAGACCAGCAUCUUGCUUGGAAAUGUAGAAUAAUGGUGCCCAAUGUAUAUGUAAUGUUUUGAGAUAAUAUUUGUGAAGGGGAAGAAUGUUUUUUUUU